GUGACCCCGUAUGGGACGAGCGGCUUCAGAUGAUGUGCGUGUGUGUAAGGGUUGGCAAAGUACUCAAUUAAUGCUCAUAAAAUUCAUAACGGGGGCAACAGGUGUCACAGCGGUUAAACCUGUCUUCCGAUAUCAAUGUCCUCGGUUCAAAUCCCGACUCCCGCAGCAAUUCCCUUGAGCAAGAUACGAACCCUGAACCGAUACGGUAGAAACGAUCGAGCUGUACAAACAGACAAAUAAUCGGAAGUAACGGCUGAACGCUUCAAGCUACUUUCGAGACACCAUCGGCUAAAUGACUAAAUAACACUAAUGAUGAUAUAAUCUCCGCGCUUAAGGGACAGACCGAAGGACAUCCGAACCCGAGACACGGGACGGAACCGCACAUCGUCUAAGAUCGCUCCGUGAACGAAACACCUUUUUCCACACUUUUCCACAUCUCUCUCCGUUCCAGAGGACACUAUCAUUAACGGGCGCUAACUCGUCACAUUCACAUAGACGCACACGCUCUUCCCGGACCGGUUUCGUUUUAACGCUGCAGCACAGCCGCCCGAGAGACCGUAUCAUCACCCCAAACUUGAUUUAUCACUCACAAAUACCACUGCGCUAAUUAGUCAAGUAAUUAAUUAAUAGGCAUUUGCAUGCAUGUGCGUACAUCUAGGGCGCUGAAGCAAACCAGGUGCUGCUGGGUUCUGAACUGGAAAGUCAAGAGGGAAAGUAAUGGAUGGAGGGAGAGAGAGAGAGAGAGAGAGAGAGAGAGAGAGAGAGAUGAAGAAAUGGCCAGUGACGGGGCAGUCGAGGAGCGGCUAACGGAAGGCCCAAUACCCAUGUCUUUGCUUCCUAGUGUAAAAUAUGCCAUAAAUCACUGCCACACUCUCUGCUGAGCAAAUGUAUAGCUGGGGACUGUCUGGGGGACUUAGGAAAAAGAAGCGGUCUGGUUAAGAGACAGCAUGUCUCUAACGUUGUCUUUAACGUUUAUUUCUAAAGGUAGAAACGGGUUACAUCAUUUAGCUGCUGAUUGACAGAGUAAGCGAUGAGAGCGACAAUAAACGAUUAACCGGUACCCGUAAUCACUAAUUAUUAGCCAGAGUGCCGCGAGGACACGUCGGACUGAUGGCUUCCUUCGGCGGCCGUCAUCUCCAUGGUUACUCCGAGCGUGCGGAUGCGAGUGAGUUUCUCUUCCUGACUCGUGCGCUCGCCGCAUAACCGCGACUCACUUUGCGCUCUCGUGCACAUCGCGUCAAAGCUCCCUCGUGGCGCGCGUGCGUCCAACGUGAAAUACGGUAUCGGUCCGAACGUAAAUUCAGCCGGCGAUGCCGUGGCGCGGCCCUGCGAAGGGAGACGCUGCCGGCGGCAGCUAAGCCGAGUUCUCCCCGGGAGAGGACCGAAAGUGCCCCGCACCCAUCUGUAGAGCUUUGCCGGUGGACUCUGCUGUCGUGCUGGAAACCUCAAGCGGGGACGUUGGAACGCUGUCGCUAGAGGGCGAUCGUAGCAGCCCGGACGAGGCGACGCGCAGACCAGCGUCCUGCCGCGAAAAGAAGAGAGGGGCUCUGAGAGGGACGCUCCGAAGAGACGCUGCGUCGGACGGCGAGGGAUAAAGAAGUAAACGGGAAGUAAUGAAGCGGCCGACACUCGGACGCUCGGACACGUACUCGUGCGCGCUGGUCGGCGCCGAAAGAGCGUUAAAGAAAACGAUUCGCAGGCUAUCGCCAUCCUUCCGUCGUUCGGUUGACGAAGGAGACCGAGCGCAGUGCGGGCGUGCUCUCGCGGGCACCCUUCAGCGGUGCGGCCUCAUCGCUCUCCUGGUUGCCGUCCAAACUCCCUCGCCAGCACAGCUGAGGCCCGGCCGGCACGCGCGCGCGCGGCACGCUUGGCCUGACCGUGGCUGGGACCUCCUGAGCCCACCCGGGUCUUGACACCGCGCCACAAAAGCAGGAGCGGGGGCGGGGGGGUGGGGUGCCGGAUCGCCGUCCCCGCGGGCGCGAGCCCUGCCCGCGCUCCGUGUCGGCGGAGCAGCGUGGCCUUGGCGCUCUGGCUCCAGCGGUAGAGCCUCGCGGAGAGCGGGGAGGUGACACCGCGCAUCCCGCUUCCUUUGUGACGGCACCUUUUCACAAAGCGCGCAGCUGCGCGCAGGGGCCCGGCGCUCGGCGGACCGCUAGCCUUUUGUGGCUGGGCGCUAUAGCCGUGGGGUAUUCACGUGGGUGGUAUAGAUGCUUUCUUCCCUCUUUCAUCUCAUCUCAUUCGUGCUCCUGCGCCUCGGCGGCAGGUCGGCGAUGGCAGCGGAGCAGGUGUGGGGUGCACAUAUCAAUUUAAGUUGGAUGUAAGGAAGGGUGAAAAGUCGCCCGUAAUUCCGCCGCUCGUGUUGUUCGGCGCGCCGCCGUCGCGGCCCGAACACGCCCUCCCGCACUUGGCACGGCUGCCGAGCCGAGCCGAGCCGCGCCGCCCGCUCGCCCCCCUACCCCCGGCCCCCACGGUCCCCGAGUCUCUCCGAGACCCCUCCGCGCGUCGCACCUGGGUCCCUUGCGCUCGCCGCGCAGGCAGCCUGCCGUCCCCUGCAGGCAGCCACCGCCCCCCCCCCCCUCCCCCCAGCUUCCCCCGCUUCCUCCUUCAAAAACAGAAGAACCGCAGCCCGCACCCGAGCACCUCAUUCAUCUCUCUGCGAAUCUGUCUCAUCUAUGCAUCCGUCUAGCAGUCCAUUUAGCUGCAAUCAUCUACCGCUCUGUUUACAUACUCAACUCCUACUUGGAGCAGUUUCAUCUCGUCGGCUCUUACUCAUGGAGCUCGCGCCGCUUUUGUUGGGUGUUUCUUCCCCCCCACCCCCCGCACGCAACAUAAUACCCUUUUAUUUAAUUACAAGAAAUAAAUAAAUAAAUAAAUAAAUAACACUCCCUUCUGGUGUGGCGGCUCAUAGUUUGGAAGGGACUCCGGUGCUUGUGUCUGUCUAUUUUCCCCUGGUUUUCGUGACCCUCUCGGAGGUGAGGAAAACAGGUCAAAGGAUUUAUUGGAUACUCCCCCCCCCACAGACUUUUUCCCUCUUCAUUCGUCUACUGGAGCCAUUUUCGUCCGUCCAUUUGUUUUCUUUUCCUCCCCUCUCUCUCCCUCUCUCCCUCUCUCUCUCUCUCUCUCUCUCUCUCCCUCUCCCUCUCUCUCGCAGUCUUUUCUCUUUCUCUCUUUCUGGGUGUGUGAGCCCGAGUGCAGUGACAGAUGGCGAGUUCCUCUUCCCUCGGGAAGGCAAUCUCUCCGAAUGCAGGCGCAUGUCAAUCACCGGCUCUCAUGUGAUGGCUCUUGCCAGUGACGUGCCAACCAUAUGGCCUGGCAUCAUAGCUGGUAUGUAACCCUGCCUGGUAGCGAUGCCACACUGUCUCCGCGCGCUCGGAUUGCACUCGGCAGCACAGAGCCGCACCUACAGGAGCGUCCGCCCAGGUCCCUGAAGAUGGUUUAAACACAUGCGCCUUCACCCCUGAAGAACUCCCGCGGAGACAGAGCAUCGAUGUCGCUUCGAACCCGGGACCAGCCGGCGACUGCAGCGCGACUGCCGUGAGCACCGCGUCAACUGGUAGGCAGCAUAACAAGAGAAGGCGCUAUGUUGACGAGGCUCUUCAGUGACCCCUCGCUGCUGCCCGACGUGCAGAAAUACCCGGGCUGGGCGGACGACAGCGAGAGCGAGGACUCCAAGACCAAGGAGAGCGAGCAGCACUGCGGCCGGAUGGCCGACGACGACCUGGACGACGGGCACUCGAAGGGCGCCGCCAGUCGAGCGCAUUCGGAGAUCGCCGGCGACGACGACGAGGACGACGACGGAGAGGAGGAGGACGCGGAGGACGACGCCGAGGGCGACAGGCCCAAGAAGCGCGGCCCGAAAAAGCGCAAGAUGACGCAGGCGCGCCUGGAGCGCUCCAAACUGCGGCGGCAGAAGGCGAACGCGCGCGAAAGGACGCGCAUGCACGACCUCAACUCGGCGCUCGACAACCUGCGCAAAGUAGUGCCCUGCUACUCCAAAACCCAGAAACUGUCCAAGAUCGAGACUCUGCGGCUGGCCAAGAACUACAUAUGGGCGCUCUCGGAGAUCCUGCGCUCGGGGAAGAGGCCCGACCUGGUGUCCUACGUGCAGACGCUGUGCAAGGGCCUCUCCCAGCCCACGACCAACCUGGUGGCCGGCUGCCUGCAGCUCAACUCGCGGAACUUCUUAACCGAGCAGUGCCAGGAGGGAGGCCGCUUCCACGGCCCCGGCUCGUUCUCCGUGCACCCGUACCAGUACCAGUGCUCCCGGCUGUCGAGCCCGCAGUGCCAGUCGAGCUCCAACUCCCACCCCCUAAGGACCCACGGAUACUACUCGGCCUACGACUCCCUGUACGCGGGGGCCGCGUCUCCCGAGUACAACAGCCCGGAGUACGAGGGGCCCCUCAGCCCGCCCGUGUGCAUCAACGGUAACUUCUCUUUGAAGCAGCAGGACUCGGCCUCCCCCGACGCCGAGAAGAGCUACCACUACUCUAUGCACUAUUCCGCCGUGCCCGGCUCCCGGCCCUCCGCCCCCCACAACCUGGUGCUGGGCUCCUCCGGGGUGCGUGGUGCCGUCCACUCGGACAACGUGUUGCCUUACCAUGAGAUGCACUUACACCACGACAGGGCGCCCGUGUACGAGGAACUGAACGCCUUCUUCCACAACUGAGUAGCCAGUCGAGUAGCCAGACCCCACGGCCCCCGCGGCCCCCGCGGCCUCUUUUUGAAGGGACGAGCCGCCCGUUUCGUCGCUAAGAACUCACUUACUACUGUACUGUUCCCCUCGAUGAGCCGAAACCCUCCCUUGGACCCUUCAGCGGAAAGAUUAAGAGAUCUCCAACGGCCACGACGAUAUUAUAAACCACUGUUCCUCCUUUAUUUCGGUGUCGUGUCUGCAAGUUGAUGGUUGCAACGCCGCGCGAGCGCGCGCUUGUUGUGUCGCAUAUUCCAAUCGUGUCAAAAUCAUGUUACCCAACACGCAGACUGCAAAAGACGAAUAGUUUAAAAACGAAAUAAAUAAUGUACGAAACGAUUUUUUUUUUUUAACAAUAAAUGGUCGCAGAGAGAAUGCCAUAUUUAUAAUGCAUUCAAAAAUCAUUCGAAUACGAAAUACAAUAACUGCAGCUUACUGUAAGGCGCAUGCGCGAUUUUGACAGCGGGAGUCGAGAAUUCAGAAGAAGCGCAAUUAACAGCAAUAAAGGAACCCGCAUAUACAGCAGUUAACAUCUAUGCAAGAUGUAAAACGUUGGAGCUCUUAAGAGCUAAGUAGGUGCCGCCCCACGAAUUUUAUUGCUGAGCUUCGAUCCACGUUUUUUUUUGCUUAUCCGACAAGCCCAAAAUGCAACCGGUUAAAAGAGAUUUAAUAUUUCAGUUUUCAUGUUAAUAUCUACGAGCGCAACACCUUUCGGACAAAGGCGUUUUGUUGGAGGUGUGUGUCUGCUGUCCAGCGCUGAGGCGACCGGGAGUCCUGUAGCUCAACUGGAGGACCCCCCCCCCCCCCCGACACACACACACACACCACCCCCUUUCUGUCCAGCACAGUGUUAAAUCUGUGCAUGGGAACAAGCACGUGCCGCGCGGGACGUUGCGUGUAUGCGGGAAAGACCCGUUCACUCCUCCGAUCGCGACCGCAAAAGUUUACAAUCCAGUUUAUGACAUUACAUUACAGUUAGGGUUAGAAAGGUUUAGCACUUUUAUUGCAGAGAUUUUAUUUUAAAUUGCGUCAAAGAAUUAUACAUCAUUUACAGUUCACCUUUUACAAGACAGAUUAUAUUACAAAUAAAUAUCAAAUUUAUGAUCAUCUCCGUUAACUAAAUUUUACAGUAAACUUUGCUGUUCUCACAACCAGAAAAAGGGCACCCUAUUUUUUAAAGUGAUGCCCUGGGUAAAUUCGCAAAAAUAUUUUUGCCUAAUAUUAUAGAGGAUUUGACAAAUGCGUUUAUCUCAACACAUAAAUCCCAGCGAAACAGCUGCCACACAGAAAAAGAGUAACAGAAAUGUUUAUAUUCAGAAGACAGUACAUAUUUACAGCCACAUUUACAUUAAUUCGUCUGAUAGCAUAAACAGCAGAAACAAAAACAAUGGUCUAAUAAUAUCGUAACAAUUUUGAUUUAAAAAAAUGAUAUAAGCGUGAGUUCACUCACAUUUCGUUACUCAUUUUCCAGUGUCACUCAGAAAUCAUACAUUUUAAUAUGGUAUUUAAAUAAAUUAAUUGUUUAAGUGUUCAAGAUUUUUGCCAACUAAAAUAACACUGUUCCUAUUAUUGUUGUUAUUAUUAUUAUUAAUAUUAUUAAAGUGUUACUACUGAUUAUUUUGCAUCACAAAAGACUUUUUCCAGCUAAAUCGCAAAUGAUGAGUAGAACAUUCUGAAAUAAAAAACACAAAAUAUGUUCUAAAUGAUUAUGAGUCCAUUUCGACCAAAACCAACACCUGUGCUGCUAAUAAAUUUCUCAAGGUCAGUCCAAUUUUAAGCGCAUUCAGAGAUCCAUAUGCAGCAAUAAUAACGCAAAGACCGUAUGAGCUCAUAAAACGACUAAAAAGCGGGGCGUAACUGCACAUAAACAUUUACUCCCAGAUUUUCCUUUCACGAAUAAACCGAAAAUGUAUCCUGAAAUGGAGUUACCUGUAGUCCUGUGUAUUCUAUUAUUACUAUUAUUAUUAUUAUUAUUAUGAUAAUUAUUAUGAUGAUUACUGACAAUCAUACCUUGCAUGUUGUUAACUGUGAAUGUGGAUUGAGUCAGUGGUGCAAUGAUAAAAUAGGGCUCAAUGCUGUUACAGAAGAUGUAGGAGUUUAUUUAUCCCAGUCACUGGUAACGAAGCCAUGAUGAUGAUGUUCGCUCUCCGGGGGUUGAGGCUCAAGCACCGUAUAGUGGAGCAAAGCAGAAAAAGAAAGAAAGAAAGAAAAAAAAAAAAACGCAGAAAGGUAUUUAUAUUUACACGUUUAAAACUGUUUUGUUCAUAGCAGAUCCCACGCCCGGGUGGGGGACUGCUACAUAACCAAGGAGGGUAAAAUCAUUUUAAAAAAUGUAACCUGACUUCUCAUAAACUUCUGUUUCUGCCGUCGGUUCAGGCCUGUGCGACAUGACGUCAGUGCAAGUAUUAUGGAUUUAUGGAUUUAUGGACUGGAGCGGGCUGGCGAGAAAUUGUGCCCGCGUCUCUCCUACCUGUGCGUUCAGGUUCGCUCCGCUGCCGUUUUCCGCAUCUCCACGAGCGCCGCGCGCGCUCCCUCUCUCCCUUUGAGCGCGUGCCAGAACCUUCUUGGCUUCAGCCGCGGAGUGGAAUCAAAGAGGCGCGCGGGUCGCGGCGCGCGACGGGGAAACGGAUGGGCGUCGGCGUCCUCGCGUUAUGUGUUCUCUUUGAGUCGGAAAGGAAGUAAAGAUUUUCAAGUGUCGCGCUUUAAAACGUUUUGCGUGGAAAAUGUGAAAUCAUAGAAGAAGCGAAGGAGUAAAGAAGAAGGCGCUACACAAGACAGGGAAAAUAAUUCGCUCGCACGUGAUCACACCGAUAUGAAACUUGUCCGUAUAAAGUUUUUGUUUUAACUCAAGCAUUAUAUAAUAUUUGCUUAAAAGAAAAGGAGAAAUUAUCUGUUGAAGAGUACUGAAAGGUCACACUCUUGACAAUUUCCCCCGCAACAGACAAGAACGGGCUUGAUGUGCACAUGAUUCAGUUCAGUACAAAACAGGAAUAAUUCCAUUAAUUAAUACUAUUUCACUUAUAAACUCACUAUUUCAGUGAACUUUAUGUACUGUGCAUACUUUACCUUUAAAUGUAGUUCAAAUAAGACAGGUAUGGAAAAGAUCAUUUAAAGGAUUUCCCCAAAGUGCACUUUAAAACCUACAGUCCUCCUCAUACAACUUUGUAAAAAGAGAAAAUUAGAGAAAAACAUCUGAUUGAGGAUCAUCAAAGGACGUACCGGGGAAACUUAACCCCCCCCGGUUUAAUCCACGCGCCCCUCGUUCUUCAGUUUUAUAUCACUCAUUGAGAACAUUUGCAGUACUUUCAUCAAUUCACCUUAUUUUUGGGUAAUCAAAAUCGACUAAAUGGAUGCACCAGAAAACGAUCCUUCUCCUGGUUAACCAGGAAAGACAGGCAUUUUGGACACAAACGUGUGAGGGGGACAACACACGCCUUUUGUCCACAUCAGCCGUGAUUUUUCUCGGUUUCCUUUCCAUUCUUUUGUCUUCUCUUCCAAAAUCAGCGUCCGCACUUUUCUGUGUCCAUCUUUCCAUCAACUGCCCCCUUUUCACCGAGGCUUCCCGCCCGCUCCAGCCUCUCACUAAGACAGUUGUGUGGCGUAAGGAUUGCAUAAAACACUGUGUUUCUGAAUUCUGGACAUUUGUUUCUAACAAAGUGUAUUAAACUCGUUAAGUUCAAAUAAUUGU